AUGGCUUCUCCUUCUUCAUACACUUCGUUAGCGAAGCCUCCGACUCUCUUCACUCUCCAUUCCUCAUGUCUCCGGCCUCCGCCUGCCCUUGCUUCUCAGGUGGCAGGGCGCCGCCGUCUGACCUUCUCCCGUCGGCAGCAGCACUCUGGCCUCGCCGUGGCUUCUCUUACCAACUCUGCCCCGGCGAGAAAUGGGACGUAUAAAGUAGGAGAUUUCAUGACGAGGAAGGAGGAUCUGCUUGUUGUGAAGCCUUCUACAGGUGUUGAUCAAGCAUUGGAGGUUAUCGUGGAGAAGAGGAUUACAGGGUUCCCUGUGAUUGACGAUCACUGGAAUUUGGUACUACUUUGUUUACUAACUCAUGGGCUGAUUUCAUGUUAUUCCUUGUUGCAGGUUGGUUUUGUUUCAGAUUAUGACUUGUUAGCACUCGACUCUAUAUCAGGUUGCAAUCAAAGUGACAACAACUUAUUUCCUGACGUCGACAGUACUUGGAAAGCAUUUAAUGAGAUUCAGAAACUACUAGGGAAGACAAACGGUAAAGUUGUUGGAGAUCUCAUGACACCUAAUCCCCUGACCGUCCGUGAAAACACCAAUCUGGAGGACGCGGUCAGGCUGCUACUAGAAACCAAGUACCGACGGCUGCCAGUGGUUGAUGGUGACGGAAAGCUGGUUGGGCUCCUUACGCGGGGAACUGUGGUCAGAGCCGCUCUGCAGAUGAAACGCGAAAGUCCAAGGUCGACUUGGAAUCUAUGACGACAAGCAACAAUCAUGGAGAAUGUUGUGAGAAUUCAAGCUGUAGUUAUAAUGAAUAGGGGUGAAAGAAAUGGGAUAUGAGUAGCAUAGGAUUUGCCUUGGUAGACAGUUCAAGCAUAUGCCAUGGUUUUGUAUUAUAGAGAGUAUAUAUUAUUCUUCAUAUGAGAAUCUGGAAGUGUAACAGGUUAUGUAUGAAUCCAUGCUUGUAACCUUAUCGUCUGUCACGAUUUUCAGACUCAAGUUGUAUGAAAUUUGCCCCAU